AUGCGCAUCCGCUAUCCCUUUGCAGGAGCUUUCGUCUUCCUCAUCAUUCUAGCUGGAUAUAUCGGCCUACUUCCGCAUACCACCUCAUCAACGAUACCUUCCAAUCUCCAGCCGAAUGACAAGUUCCUCCAUCUGGUCACUUUUUUCCUCUUGUCUGUUGCUUUUUACUGGAUCCUGGAUACCACCCGUCGGCGCACUCUCCACCUGACUCUGAUUGUUUGCACCCUCGGCCUCGGUAUCGGAUCUGAAAUUAUUCAAGGAUUUUUGCCGAAUGACCGUGCAUUCGAUCCAUUCGAUAUUCUCGCCAAUGUCGUCGGCAGUCUCGGUGCUGUCGGUCUAUGCAGUUGGUAUCACCGUCGCAUGCUGGAUCGUCGCCGCAAGAGCCGUUUCGGAUUGAUGGAGGAUGGGGAUGGUGACGUUGAGCUUGGUACCGGCCUUGGGGGCCAUUCCACGCGCGAAGAUGAGGGACUGAGUCCGCAGGAAUCCGGCAUUAUGAAUCUGGAACACGAAGUGGAUAAUUGGGACGAAAACGCAGUCGACAAUUGGGAUAUCGAGGACGGCCCAGGACCUUCCGAGCCGGAUGACUCUCCUCCGAGCUACCAGGAAGGCCACAAGGCGAGCGUUGGUAGUAGCGGUCCGGUAGCUGAAAGUGCCGCUGCGAAACGCGCGGACUGA